CUCUAGUGUAUAUGCACAUGCGCGUGCGUCAAGCGAAGGAGGUCAAUACAAACUAAUUUUCGAGUGCAUUCUCGUAACAUCAUUUUGUUGUGGCUGGCGUGUGUUCCGUUUAAAGGAUGUUCAACGUGUCACUUUCAUCACUGGUCGUCAAUUUGGACCUUGCUUUGCCACUGUUAGCCUCAAUGCCCAGCGAAAAUGCGGGAAACGCAAGGAUCGCGCGCUUGACCAAAACCAGCUGGCUUGACUCACUUGUUGCCUGGAGUAUUGUUGCGAGUGUGUUUGUGCCCGUUGUAGUGAGAAGCUUUACCAUCUGUAGUAUACCCGCCACGAUGACAGGUCACGGCAUGACACUGCAUCCAACCUCCUGAUCAUGUCCAAGAGCUCCUCUUACGGGCGAUCCUCUUCAUUGUACUUAGUUCUGGACACAGAUGUUCCACGGCUGGCAAUUCCUUCAAAAGUCAGCCAGAACUUCACAUUGCCCAUUCGUCGAAGUGACUCAGUGAAUAAUGGCACUAUGGAGGACUGCAUGCCAAGUACCGCUACACUCCAAUGCAUUGCAGGACCUGAUGAAGAGAACCUCCGGGUGUGGUCUCCGUGUGGCCUAUUCCCAGAGUUCUCGCAGCUUGUUCAACCCCUGCUGCACGGUGCCUCGAUGACAGUAGAAAAGCACAGGGCUCUCUCAUGCAGACUGCGUGACGAAAUCAUCCAGUUCCUGAACCAACACCAGCUGAUCCAGAACAAAAAUGCAUCGAUCAAGCGCUGGCAGUACUGCGCGCUUGGCCGGUCCUUGGCUACACGCUAUCCCAACAUGGCCUGGGAGCAUGCCAGGCCUGGUGUAAAGCUGCACUCCACACAGAAGAAUGCCUGGAGUGUCUUCACAAAACGCCUCAGCGCCUCCAGAAAGGUCCAGAACCGGAGAAUGAUAAAGAGGCUUCAGCAUUCAAGCAAUUCCUGGGCCACUACCGCUUUUUUGGGCCGAUAAAAAUCCCACGCAGGCAAGUGCUCAAAAGGCUUUCGGCUGUCGCACUGAUGGCAGUGAAGUCUCGAAAACAUUAUUGUAUGAUGAAGAUAACCAAAGCCUUCACCUCCCCUUUCCUCAUGUAAUAAAGAUGUCCUUGAAUGAUUUUCCCUUA